GAUUAUUAUACAAUUGCAGUGGCGGUGGUUAAUCAUCAAAAGCUCUCUUUUUUAUGUAAGCGUGAGUGAGUGAGUGAGGUAUAUAAACCAACCCUCCUUUUGCCAUUACCCUUUUUCUUUCCACUCUCUUUACUAGACUUCCUUCCCCUUUUUCUCUAUUCUACCACCAGUGUUGUUAUCAAAGAAGAAAAACCCCAAAUUUGAUUAAAGUGUUUUUGAUUUAAUGGAAAGAAGGGUGCUAAAAGUAGCACAGAAUCAGAAAUUGGGUAUCUUUCUCUUCCAACUUUUAAUUUAAAGUUGUUAUCUUUCUCUCUCUCUCUCUUUCUUUUCAAGGGUUUGUUUGGUUUUGGUUUUGGUUUUUAUUAUCUGCAACUCUCUGACUAGGGCUUCAAUCACCUUAUUUAUUAUCCUGAAAUCAAUGUUGUUGUUUGCACAAUUCACUCACUCUUUUUUAGUCUUUAGGGGGGUCCUUCUUUAUCAAUUUUUGGUACUUUCAAGCUUUGGAAAUGGUAGCUGCUAAACUCGUGUGAACCUUUGGUACAUCUUUUUGUUUGAUAUGAGUGACAAAGAAAAGUUUGAGGUAGAUAGAAAUGAGGAUCCUAUGAGUUACUCUUCUGGUAUGCCUCCUGAUUGGAGAUUUGGGGGUGGAAAUCUUGUGGAUUCAUCUGCUGGUUUGGUUUCAAUUGGUAAUUCUAUGAGAGGAGAUUUAGUUGGUUCUUCUUCAUGUUCAUCUGCCUCUAUGGUGGACUCUUUUAGUCCUAACUUUUGGGACCAUUCAGCGAAUUCCCAAAAUUUGGGAUUUUGUGACAUGAAUGUUCAGCACAAUGGGAGCUCUUCGAACGCGGUUGGGAUUAGAAAAGAUGGGUUUGGUUUUGGAAGAGGUGGUCAUGAUGAAAUAGGUUGGAACCAGACUAAUUCUAUGUUGAAAGGGGAUGGUUUUUUACCAAAUGGACAAGGGGUUUUUCCGCAGAAUUUAUCUCAGUUUCCAGCUGAUUCUGGUUUUAUUGAAAGGGCUGCGAGGUUCUCUUGCUUCGGUGGAGGGAAUUUUGGUGAUGUGAUGAACUCGUAUGGGAUUCCUCAAUCCAUGGCUAUGUAUGUCGGUGCAGUUCAUGGAGGUAGAGAUGCUCUUGCGGGAGCUGGAUUGAAAAUAGCAACCGGGGGACAAUCACAAGAAAGAAGUGAUCCUAAUGUAGUUGAAGCAGCUACCAAAGGCGUGUCUCCAUCUGUUGAGCAAUUGGCUACUAGAGGAAGCCCUUUAUUGAAUGAUAAAAAUGAGAGUCGUGCCUUGUCUCGAGAUGAAGAGAAGAAGGCUGUUGUUCGGAAUGGUAAUGAUUCUGACAGAGGUGAGUCGGGCGAUGACGGUGGUGGUGGUGGACAGGGUGGUUCCCCAAUGUUGGAGGGUACUACUAGUGGGGAGCCUUCUAUUAAAGGACUUAACUCGAAGAAAAGAAAAAGAAGUGGACAAGAUGAUGAUAAUGAUAAAGUUAAUGAAGCUCAAGAACUACAGAGUGAAGGAGCAAAGGACAACCCUGUGAAUCAACAGAAGGGCGACCAACAACCAACUUCAACCACCAAGGCUUCUGGGAAGAAUACCAAACAGGGCUCUCAAUCUUCUGAUCCACCUAAGGAGGAAUACAUACAUGUUAGGGCUCGCCGGGGUCAAGCAACAAACAGCCAUAGCCUUGCAGAAAGAGUUAGGAGGGAAAAGAUAAGUGAGAGGAUGAAGUUUCUUCAGGAACUUGUGCCUGGAUGCAGCAAGGUCACUGGCAAGGCAGUAAUGCUGGACGAAAUCAUCAACUAUGUACAGUCACUUCAACGACAAGUUGAGUUUUUAUCUAUGAAACUUGCAACGGUAAAUCCACGGCUGGAUUUUAAUAUUGAAGGCCUUCUUGCUAAAGAUAUUCUUCACCAAAGGCCCGGUCCUUCAUCUGCAUUAGGGUUUCCUUUAGAGAUGUCGAUGAAUUUUCCUCCAUUACAUCAACCUCAACCAGGGCUGAUUCAAUCAGUUAUUCCAAACAUGACAAACCCGUCCGAUAUCCUUCGUAGAGCUAUGCAUCCACAAUUGAGUGGAGGGUUCAAGGAGCCAACUCAGAUGCCUGAAAUGUGGGAGGAUGAGCUUCACAAUGUUAUACAAAUGAGCUUUGCAACAACUGCUCCCACGAGUAACCAAGAUGUGGAUGGUACUGCUGCAUCAAAUCAGAUGAAAGUUGAACUUUGAUGUUAAGUCUACAACGCAUAUUUUGGCUUUUGUUCCAGUCAGAUGGAAAUAACAACAGUCAGACUUUUACAUAUGACUUGCCAAACUUGUUAAAUGCCGAGGCCGCCUUGGGGGUAAGUGGCACCCUACAGAUGACUGGAUGUAGGUUAGGGAAAGUAUUAAUGAAUGUUCCUUUCUUUUGAAGCGUGAAUAUAUGUAUCAUAUGUUUAGAAGUGGAAGUCUCUAUUUUACUGAAAUAGGUUUGCUCACUAAAUGUAAUUGAAGAAUGUAAAGGCAGGAUCUCACUAAGUUUGUUCAACCAGGUGAAAUUCUAUAGCAUUUUUUGUUGGGCUGGCCAUAUUUUAGUUUAGAGUGAGAAAUUAUGGAAAAUUUGUAUUUGAAAAAAACAGUAUUUCUUGUUGAUGAUAUAUAUAGUGUAAUUUUACACAAGUGAGUUUUUAACCUUAGAAGAACACUGUUUAGGGAAUGAAAUUUUAUUGUAACACACAAGUUGUAGUGUGUUUUAUAGAGAGACAACUCUGAGCAUUCCAAUUCAGCCAUUAAUGUUGUUGUACUCGGUGAAUGCUGCUACCAACAUCUAAAGACAAUAAGAAAUCCAGACAAACAUGACAUGCCGGGUUCUGCUUAAUCAUAAAUGCCUCAAUAUUGUUUUCUCA